UUUACCGGUGCGAAGAAAUGUCGUCCAAGAGCAACAGCACGGCAUCGAACGGUUCCACGGCCACGGCACCCGUGGCAGGAAUGGCCAAGUACGAGCCCCGCAUGUGCCACGUGGUGAAGCGAGCUGAUUUUGACGGGUACGGGUUUAACCUGCACGCUGAGAAGGGUCGUCCUGGUCAGUACAUCGGCAAGGUGGACGAUGGAUCACCGGCGGAAGCGGCAGGUUUGCGGCAGGGUGAUCGCAUAAUCGAAGUCAACGGACAGAACAUCACGACCGAAACGCACAAAAAGGUGGUCGAGUUGAUCAAAGCCGUGCCGAACGAGACGCGCCUGUUGGUGAUCGACCCGCGGGCUGACGCAAACGAUCUGAAGCUGGCCCUGGCGAAGGCGGCCGCUGGAACGGUCGGGAACGGGGCGGCACCUAACAACAACAAUAACAACAACAGCAACGGAACGAGCAAUGGACACCAUGAAAGCAACGGCAACGGCAACGGCACGCCAAACGGUGUGAGCAAGGAAAAUGGUCAGCGAAAGGACUCGAAGGAAGGAAGCGCGAAGGUGGAGGACAAGCACAACAACAACAACAAUAACAACCACCAUCACAACCAUAGCAAUGGCAACGGAACGGCCGCCCCAGAGUCACCGGUGAUGGAGAAGAUCAUAGAUGACACGAAGAAGGUCCUUACUGUGACGGAUGGGGCAGCGGUGGGCAAGAUGGCGCUGAACGGCACGACCCCAGCCACCCCGAAUGGUCUUCCAGCGACGGGGGAACAGAACAAAACGACAGCACCGGCCGAGGGCAUGAAGCUUAACCUCUCGAUGACGGCGGCGGAGAUGCGGGCAAAGCUGGCCGCACGCAAAAAGUACGACCCCAAGAACGAGGUGUGCGAUCUGCGCAAGAAGUACGACAUCAUACAGAAAAUGUAAAAUGGCGCAUCGGACCCGGCACCAGUUUCGGACAGCUCGCAUUUCCGCUUAGUUCCACCCACACUUCCCGAGGCACAGGCUUUUAUCAAGAUAGUGUAGUUUAUCGCGUGCAAACCAGCGAGAAGGCCAUCCCGUCAUCCCUUUUUGCAGGCACGUCCGUCCGUAACGACGGAUCACCGAACGCGUUGUCCCAGCAGAUCCCGGGGGAGGCGAUACGGGCAGAAAGUGAAAGCAGCUUAUUUACGGCCGGAUGUUCUGAGGUCGGAAUCUCGUCGUCGAGCGGCGGGUUUCGGGGGCUGCCUUUCGGAAGUUGUUGCGAUGCUGCUCCGGUCACCGGCGGCUUUACCAUUAGCGGUAAACAACAAGGGGUUGAUGUGGACACACACGGGGGUUUAACGGCUAUUUAUUCACAACUCCCACUCGCUCGCUCGGGACGAGUUUGUGCAACACUUUUACCGCCCUAUUGCAACGUUUACAUUUCUCACUUGACUGUUUGAGCAGCCGGGGGCUUAUUUGUUUGGAUACACACCGGUGGUUUAGGAAGUGUGCGGCAAAAUAAUAGUGCAACGAUCAAACAAAACACGCCGUAGAAGUGUCCUAGGUGGAGCUUUUCUUGGGACAAACAUUGUGUGUGCCUGUGAGUGUGAUAAUGUGUGUUUAGGGGAUACUUGAUAGAAAAAGGCGAAACGCCACAAUUAAAGCAAGGCGAUACCAACCGACGCUGGUUGAUGAUGCGUUCGGAAAAGAUUAGCGAUAGAGCGGAUUGUUUUAUGGGUUUCCGGAAAGAAGGGCCAUCGCGCGAGAGGGCCUCCUGUUUGCUUAUCGUCUCGUCUGGCAAGGUCGUGAUUGAUCGAGCUAAAUUGUACCAGAAACGGGUGUUUAUAAGGUUCCAUUUUAUGUUGUGAUGAACCCAGCAAAGGGUGCGUGGUUACCCUGUACCCUUUCCUAUUGACCUUUGAAGCUGUACCAUAAAACGAUUCACCUAGGCGUAAGGGCCAAAAGCCGUACAUUGCAAGGCACUCGAGGGGAACCGUAGAAACAUUGGCUGUUGAGGUGACCAAUCGCGACGACAUAAAGCCGGGGACAACUUGGUUUUGCAACGCAGUUUGUACUGUUGCUGUUGCUGCUAUCACAACACGUCGUGUAUCGCCUGAUAACACCGGCACAUAAAUAUCCACCUUCACACAACUAUCAGCACGCCUUUAUGAUCGGAUCGAUAGAUAAGCACAAAACGUUGAUAACUCAGUUGCGGCGACAGGUGUGACCAGGAAAAAUUAAUUGAUUUUCUGCUCUCGCACAAAACCGGUGAGCUCAUUUUUUUCCCCUCACACACUUAACACAUUCGCACUUAUCGCGUCUGAGCGGCCAGUUGAUUUGUUUGAGCGAUAAGAGCACGAAAAAUGAAAAUUGCCUGGCGAUCUCGAAGCGCUCCAUCGAAAUGAGGGAAACACUUUUUAGAGUUGUGCCUUUGUUUUGCCGUUCUGAAAAAAAAAAUCAUCCAUACUUUUUGAAAGUAUUCCAUUGCUUCUUGUAGUACGCCAUUACUAGCGUAUUAGUUUAGUACUGUUGCAAAAUUCAAAUUCAAUGUGCCGCUUCCUCGUUGUGUAGCAUUUAAUCACUCGCGUGUUGAUCUACCAUAUAAUGUCGUGAGAACUUAAGGUUGUAUGAAAGAGAUGAAAGUUAAAGAAGGAGUAAGAUAAACAAUCAUAAAAAUGCAAAAAUUGUUUUAAAAAUUUGCAGGAAUCGAAACGCAAGAAAAAGAAACAGGUUACAGAGAGUAAGAAAGGAUCAAAUGGAAUAAGUAUGCGUGUGCCAAAAUUUUCCGACUCGCCCCUCGUCCAGCACUCUGAAUUGGUUGUAACUUUUUUUAAUACUACGAUCCUGUCGUAGCUUCUUAAGUUUUUGGUUUGUUAGUAUGCAUUUUUCUUUGCAUUACGGAAGUUUACGUUUAGUUAGCGUUAGUUAUUGCUAGUUUGUAGCCGUUUUGAAACGCCGGCACAUUUGCCCUCAGACACUCGUAAGUGAUGGUGAGGCGAAAACAACAUGUAAAUUCUAGUUUCACGUCUACACCAUCCGUGUGAAUUUGUAGAUCAGAGUGUAAAGGAAACACUGAAGGAAAUAGAAGCACCAGAUACAGCUAGGAUGCGGUUAAAUACAACUAAAUGCAGCAAGCGAAAUCAUAGAAUAUAUAGACGAACGAAUGAAAAGGAGAUGAAUUAUAACGAUAUUUUGCACAUAUUGCAAAGCCAAUGUAAUAAGUAGAAUAAAGUAUUUAUGAAAUAAGCGAACUUCCGAUUCAUUACACUGCUUUUUGUGACAUUGAAUGAGAAAUCAGAACUAGAAAGAAAAAAAGUUUCUAGAACCUUUUCUUCCAUAAACAUUCCACAGGUUACUGAAUUUGAA